UCCUACUGCUGCUGGUGCCGCCGCCGGUGCUGCUACGACUGCUAACCACCACUACCACCGCUACCGAAACUUGUUGCGACUCUGACUGAAGCUAGUACUGCAACUCUUUUUUAGGACCUCUGAUUCUCUUCUCCUUCACCGUCUUCUCUUUUCUCUUCUUUUUCCUCCUCUCCCCUUCUCCCCCCUUCGUCCACUUCCCACUUCGCUCGCAUACUCCCUCCCUGCCUCCCUCUCUCUCUCUCUCUCCACUCUAACUUUUGCGCGCGGGCCGUAGCAUUGCAUCCCAUCCCUAUCCGCCAAUUAUGAAACAUAUCCAUGGUGGAAACCAGGACCACGGCGCCGAAAAUAUUAUUCAAGAUGGAGAACCCGAACUCCAACGCGGACGUGGCUCCACCAGGAGUAGCAAGCUCGGCGCACCGCUGCGAAUACCCAAGAACCGCAGCACCGGGAACCUCGCCCUGGUCGCCGAGUUUCCCGAAAGAACGCGGCUGAGGUUCUCCUUCGAUACCGGAUCAGGGGUGACAGAGUCUGACCCGAUCACGAGAUCUCCCAUCAUCACCGAACAUGACCAUGGGCUGGGCAUCUCUGGUCUCCGACGCAUCCGCCAACACCCGCCUCCGCGAACCCCGACCAUCCCUUCAAGUGCGGUCUCCUCUCGAAGCUCGUCGGCCGGCCUCCCUCGCUCCAUGUCCAUGAUGCUGCCUUCGCCGCACCAUACCCCGUUGGCCCCCGGUUCUAUCUCUCCCAAUUUUUCCGAAGACCUGUCGAGAUUUCCUUCCGAGUCCCUACAUUCCUUCUCCUUCGCCCACCAGUCCGAGGAGUAUAUAAGUAACCGCCAGAAUGUCCUGAAGCGAUCUAUAGAGUUUAUGAAGGACCGUAUGGGAUGGUCUAUUUCGUCGAGCGCCACCGUAGCCUCCGCACAAGGCCGCAUCUCCGAUAACGUCGAGCCCCAGAAUGUGCUCGACCUACUUGCCCGGGCACAGUUUGUCGAGGGCGGGACCCUGCCGAACGCCGGCCCCUCCGUGGCCUCCGGUCCGUUAACCGGACCUGCCGAAAUCUCGCACGAGAAUGUCUUCGAUAAAGAUUUCAUACCGCGGACGAGCAGCCCUGAACCCUUCGUCGCCCCGCUCGUAUCCCCUACGACACCCCAGGGACCGACUAUAGACGAGAUACCGCCUACUCCUGCCCAGACGGCAGACCGCAAAGGUGGCGACCCGGCAGAUUUCGAGAGUUCCUCGAGGACGCCGACGAACGAGAGCGGUACCACCGCCAAGACGUCGCCGCCGCCGACUAGGCGCCCGAGCCUACGCAGGACGUUUACAGAUGUAACAUCGACCGCCAUGCAACAAAAGCUCAUGGAUAGCAUGACACAGCCGUUCCUCAAUAGCCAGUCCGAAAUAUACCCUGAAGCUUUGAUAUCCCCGAUCCUCCCGUCCUUGGCUUUGGGUUCGUCGCUCAAUCCUCCCGGGGCCCUCGGAUCCGCAGUACACGGCCACGCAACUCGAUGGGUUCCUGCGGCGCAGGCCAUCUUCACGACCGAGUCGAGGCCACCGUGGACAAUCUUAGCCGCAAAUGAUUUAGCUUGCCUGGUCUUUGGGGUAACGAAAGCCGAAGUUCGCAAGAUAGGUAUUCUAGAGGUCGUGCAGGAGGAGAGGAGGGCUUGGCUUGAAGGCAAGCUCCUUCAUGCGGAGUCUGACGAUCUGGGUCCGAUACCGACAGAAGAUGUGCACCAGCCUUCUCCCUCUUCCGUCGGCUCAUCAUUCCUAGGCGGCCGUACGGGGAUUACGGCGCACUUGCUAAGUAAGCCUAAUUCGAGAUCACAGCCCCCAAAGACUCCGACUCGACGGGCGCAGACCGUUCAUAGUGGGGACACGAUACCAUCUAAGUCUCGGGGCACGAAUAACCGCAGUUCCAAAUCAAGAGGGGUCCUUCUCUGCGGCGACGUCGUCCCCAUACAGAAGCGCAACGGCGCAACGGGAUCCGCCAGUCUAUGGGUCAAGGAGAAGAAGGCAGGCCUGAUCUGGGUACUCGAGGAGAUCCACGAAGAUGUGGCCCUGCUUAGCCUCGACGAAGACGGAAUCGUUACUAAAAUAUCGGGGGCUACAGGCCCAAUAUGGGGAGAAGAGGACUUGCGGCCGGGCAUGGACGUUGGCAGACUCAUCACCCGCAUACCGCGUCAAGGAAUCGAUCCUAGGUACGGCGCUAUCGACUACGCCCAAAUCGCGAAACGGAAAUUUUUUACUUGCCGACAUAGCAAGAAAACCAACAUCCCGGCCUCCGUCUCUCAGACGAGGGGCUUGACGGAGCUUCGCGUUUCAAGCUUCCCGCAUAUUGCUGGAAUCAUUGUGGUGUCUCCGGAGACGCUCCAAAUCACGAGCUCGAAUUCAGCCUUCUGCGGGGCUCUAUUUGGCUACGAGAAGCCCGAGGGGCAAUCGAUCAAUGACCUAAUACCGGACUUCGAUAAGGUUCUCGAAAUUUUGGUUGAUCACGAUGGGAUUCUGCUUGGGGAGGGCAUCGUUGUGCCCGAGCAUAGUUUUAGAAAGGCGUCGGCCUUGUUGGCUAUCCACAACGGCCGGCCAGACGCCGCUGCCAGCUUCCUGAACCCCGAUGGCCUCCCGGCAAAACAUCGCGACGGAACGGAAUUGAAAAUCGACGUCCAGAUGAGGGUAGUUAAGAGCGAAAAGCAGUCGGCGUACGAUGCCAACAGAAGUGGUGACGACCAUGAUUUAGACGGUAGCGAAAGCACCGAGUCGGAGAUGGUUUAUGCGCUGUGGGUCACCUAUUCCCGGCACUUACACGCAUCUCACGCCCAGUUAUCAGCCAGCGCCGACCCCAAAUCUCCGUUGCUCUCCGGGGCCGUGUCGCCUCUACACCAGCCUUCUCCCGGCCAAACCCCUGCGCACACGCCACAGGAAAUCGGUUCCGACUCCGAGGAAGGAAAGUCUCGACCCUCCUCUGCCGCAUCCGUAUUGUCACAGCAGCUCAAGAUAGCUGCGAUAAAUGCGGCCGCAAAAAUUGCCGGAGCGCCAACAACCCCUUAUAACCCGUUAGCCACCCCAACCGAAGCGCCGCCGCGGAAGAAAACGAUCGAUGACUUUACCAUCUUGGAAGAUAUGGGGCAGGGUGCCUACGGCCAGGUAAAGCUAGCACGGCAUAAAUAUAACGACAGCGGCAAGAAAGUCGUCUUGAAGUACGUGACCAAAAGGCGAAUUCUCGUCGAUACGUGGACCCGGGAUCGGCGCCUCGGCACGGUGCCCCUCGAGAUACACGUCUUGGAUUAUCUUCGACGAGACGGACUCAAGCAUCCUAAUAUCGUAGAGAUGGAAGAUUUCUUCGAGGACGAGACCAACUAUUACAUCGAAAUGGUGCCCCACGGGUACCCGGGGAUGGACCUGUUUGAUUAUAUCGAGCUCCGCACCAAUAUGGAGGAAGAUGAAUGUCGCAGCAUAUUUGUCCAGGUCGCAAGGGCUAUACAUCACCUGCACAUAAAGGCCAAGGUGGUCCAUCGCGACAUCAAAGACGAGAAUGUCAUCUUGGACGGCGAGGGAAAUAUUAAACUUAUCGACUUCGGAAGUGCGGCAUAUAUCAAGAGCGGGCCCUUCGAUGUGUUUGUGGGCACAAUUGACUAUGCAGCGCCGGAGGUGCUGGCAGGGAAUCCGUACGGCGGCAAGGAGCAGGACGUGUGGGCGCUAGGAAUCCUCCUCUACACCAUCAUCUACAAAGAGAAUCCGUUCUACAGCAUCGAUGAGAUCAUGGAUCGGGACCUGAGGGUUCCUUACGUGAUCAGCGAGGAGAGCAUCGACCUCAUCCGCUGCAUGCUCGACCGUAACGUCUCCCGUCGCUACGACAUCGAGCAGGUUAUUCAGCAUCCGUGGUGCCAGUUGGAUUAA